AUGGCCUCAGUGACCGGCGCUCUCAGCGCCGCCUUCAGCGGUCCGAAGAUCGCCUUCUACGUGGGUCUCAAGAGCCCCCACGAAGGCUACGAGGUGCUCAAGUUCGACGACGUGGUCACCAACCUCGGCAAUCACUACGACCCCACUACGGGCAAGUUCAGCUGCCAGGUGCGCGGCAUCUACUUCUUCACCUACCACAUCCUAAUGCGCGGCGGCGACGGCACCAGCAUGUGGGCGGACCUCUGCAAGAACGGGCAGGUCCGGGCCAGCGCCAUCGCGCAGGACGCCGACCAGAACUACGACUACGCGAGCAACAGCGUGGUGCUGCACCUCGAGCCCGGCGACGAGGUGUACGUGAAGCUGGACGGCGGCAAGGCGCACGGAGGCAACAACAACAAGUACAGCACGUUCUCGGGCUUCCUUCUGUACCCGGACUAG